UUCAAAAGGGCACAUAUAAGCCAUAUGUGCUUUGUUGCUGACAGAAUGCUUGGGAAGGAUGAUUAGAAUCUUGGGUCAGUUUCAAGAUCAUUGGUUACCAACGUUUCGUUCGACGAGCUUGAUUCUUUUGCUUCUCUGUAGUUGUGUGCUCUUCAUGGAUGCUGAAGCACAACCUGGAGGCACUUUUGAGUCUCAGACACAAUCUAAUUUUCAACCAAGUGUUGCUGUGGUUAUAGGUAUUCUAACCAUCAUGCUUGCUCUGACUUUUGUUCUUUUGGUGUAUGCCAAGUUCUGCCACAGAAGACUUUCAGCUCAUGGCAACCAUGACUUGGAAGGGAGGCGUAUCGGCACAAGCUCUAGAUUUUCUGGUAUUGACAAGACAGUGAUUGAGGCACUUCCCUUUUUCAGAUUCUCUACUCUUAAAGGGUCAAAGGAAGGGCUAGAAUGUUCAGUCUGUCUAUCUAAAUUUGAAGAUAUUGAAGUCCUCAGAUUGCUUCCCAAGUGCAAGCAUGCUUUCCACAUUGAUUGCAUCGAUCACUGGCUUGAGAAGCACUCGAGCUGUCCUCUUUGCAGGCACAAGGUCAGUUCUGAGGACCUCACAUUCAUUGCAUACUCCAACAGUAUGAGACUCUUGUGGGAUAGCCAAUCGGAGCGGCAAGAAGACUCAAACAUUGAGCUCUUUGUUCAUAGAGAGGAAGACCACCGCGGCUCUUCAAGGUUCAGCGUGGGAAGCAGCUUUCGGAAGAUGGAGAAGUGUGUUGAUAAAGAAGAGGAACUAUUGAUCCAAGAAGAAGGUGGGAUUCUUAAAGAGGAGGAUGAUGACAAGGUCCUGCACAAGCACAAACACAGAAUUGUUGUGUCCGAUUUUGUGUUCCAGAACAGAUGGAGCAAUGUGAGCUCCUCAGACCUCAUCUUCUUGAACUCGGAGAUGCUUAAUACAAUGUCAAGCAGUAGAUUCUCCUCAUCAGCACGUUCGAAUAAUGAGCAGCUUUCGCCGAGGGAAGCAACAGGAAAUGAUGAGAUUAUGAAGAUUAGGGAGGAGAUGGAGAUGAAGAGAUUGUUCGAGAAAAAAGUCAGCAGCACAAUGAACAAAAACAGUACUACUUUUGCAGCUUCAGCCCUACCAACUCAUGCCUCGAGUUCUAUGAAUCAAGGUGAGAAGAGAUCAAUGUCAGAAAUCACUGGUCUUUCGAGAUUUGCAAACUGGGGUGUCAAGAACAGAACCAAAGAGCUUUCAUUGCUUGAUAGCAAUGUGAAAGGGGAAAGAACAAGGCGGCUUUGGUUGCCGAUUGCCCGAAGAACAGUCCAAUGGUUUGCUAAUAGAGAAAAAAGGUCUGAACAGCCUCCACAGUCUUCAAAUGUGUAAUUGCAACAUUGCAAAAACUCCUAGUACAUGUUCUGUUAAUGAAAGCAAUCAUUAGUUCCACA